AUGUGCAUUGAUUACCGCCAGUUGAACAAGGUCACCAUCAAGAACAAGUACCCGUUGCCUCGUAUUGAUGAUUUGUUUGACCAGCUACAGGGUGCUAGGGUGUUCUCUAAGAUUGACCUGAGGUCAGGGUAUCAUCAGCUGAAGAUUCGGGACUCGGAUGUUCCGAAGACUGCAUUCCGGACUAGAUAUGGCCAUUAUGAGUUCCUAGUGAUGUCCUUUGGCUUGACCAAUGCGCCAGCAGCAUUUAUGGAUCUGAUGAAUAGGGUGUUCAGGCUUUAUAUUGAUUCUUUCGUCAUCGUCUUCAUUGACGACAUCUUGAUAUACUCGCGUAGCCUGGGAGAGAACGAGCAACAUUUUAGAUUAGUGCUUCAGACCUUGCGAGAGCAGCAGCUGUAUGCUAAGUUCUCC